AUGAAACUGGUAGCAGAGAUAAUGACAGGAAAACUAUUCUACAUACAAGUAGAAGACAAUGCCACAGUAGCAGAUCUCAAGAGAGAGAUAGGAAUUCAAAAAAACCUACCAGAGGAUCGACUCAUUCUGAUGCUCAACGAUAGUCCUCGAUGCCUCAUGGAUGAAAACGACGUCUCUCUCAUGGUGUAUGGCGUUCAAGAUGGAUCCCAUAUCUAUAUUUUCUUUGAUCCUCUUGAUGAUGAUUCCAACAACAUUUUCUCAAAUCAAGAUCCAGUCUUAAAUCAGGGUUCAUCUCCAGAAGCAAAACGAAUGAAUGAAUGA